AUGUUCAAGAAGAUUUGCGGCAAGGUGAAGUGCUUGGGGCGCUUGGGGAGCAUGUGCCAUUGUGACGAUGAAGGAGCUAAUACCGAAGGCCCAUCCCAAUCCAACCGCCCACGUCAAUCGACACGUCAGAAUCAAGGUAAUGGCCAGCGUCAAGCCAUUCCGCAGAAUGUUGGUCCCCAGGACAAUGGAGAAGUGAACCAGGAGAACGAGCAAACAGAAGAGAACGAGGAAGGAGAGAAUUACCCACCUCUUCCCCCUUCAAGAACUUCAUCAAAGGCUUCCUCCACAGGCCUCACGCAUGCGAGGAAUGAAGCUAACCUCAGCGAAAGAGGACCUAACAAUCAAACUGAUCCCAUGGACGAGGACAAUGGGGAAGGUCCUCAAGAAGUCGGUAACAGCCCAAGGCCAAGUAUUAACUCGAAGGGGAAGCGUCGGCGCUUACAGGAGGAGGAAGACCCCGAAUAUGUCGAGGGACAGCAGGGUUCCUCUUCACACAGGGGCGUCUCUGGGUUGAGCACACCGAGUAAGCGCGUGCGCUCCGACCCACCAUCCCCGGUCCACCAUUCUCCAUCACCGAUAGCCAGCUCCAGUAGAGAUCAGGUCCCUUACUGGAGCUGGAGUCCUGGAACCUCCCGUGAGGGGUCCCCUCGGCCGAAAGCUCCUCGGCCGGACUCUCCUUGGCCGGCUCCUCAGCCGGAAAAAACUCCGGAUCCUCGCAAGCCGACCAAAGAGAAGAUUGCCAAGUAUCGAGAAUUAGGCGCCAAUUUCCAAGCUUGGAUUGAUGACCCAAACAAGCCGGAUUGUCCGAUUGAUCGCUCAUGGCUAACUCUAGACGAGCUUGAGAAUGAUCCAACGAACUAUGAAGAAAGUUGGCACAAGGAAUACGACAUGACCGCGGACGAUCCCGUGGAACUCCAAGGCGGCGACCCUUCGAGCACAAAUAUCCCCAGAGGUGAGGAUCAGUACCGCUAUACGAGCCUUCGGCGGUUUCACGUCUACGUGGAUCGACCAGAAAAUGAAAAUGCAUGGAGCAGUCAUGAGCAUCUUAUUGGACGAGGAAUCAUCAUUGGCAAAAGUAUUUGGAGAAAAGGGGGUCAGCAUUGGAACGUUAUUGCUCAGGCUUUAUAUACAAACGACUACAACAUUGAUACCCUGAGGCAUGUCAUGUUUACAAACGUUAUAAACGACGAGCUCGCACCAUAUAUAGAGCAAGUACUCUACCCUAGAAAAGGGACUUUAUGGUCAGACGCCGGGGAGGUGCCCUGUAAGAAGUUUCUGCGCGGUAGCAUCGAAUAUCAGGAACUCCUCGGCACUAAGUUGGGCAAAGGAGUUGCUGCUCUUAUCCUAGCGGCUUUUACUCGAGGUACCGUGCGCAUAACUCAAAUUGUUGUUUGGUCCUACAACGGCUCAGCCCAGAUUCGAUUUGAGAUUGAGCCUAAUGUUCCUGAUCCGAUUGCCCUGCCGGCAGAUGCAGGGUUGGGUCCCAUCUAA